AUGACGAGAGUCGAGGAGCUGGCAAGAAGUCUCGUGCCCGGGGCAGUGUCGACAGGGGUCGCCCUUCUCAUGCCAAUUCUCGCGCGAAAACCUCAUAGCACCGUGGCAGCUGGUCCGGUGGAUUCGUCAAUGGCAAGCUCCGCAUUUCCCGUGCUGGAACUCCUGGUGAACCUGUCUUGUGCCGACCCGCACGCGAUCUACAACUGGUUGGCGAGCUGCUCUCCUGACGACGGGUCGCCCGGCGGGGCGCUCAAGGGCCUGAAGAUAGAGCUUAACAGCGGGGUUGAGAAGGCGGUGGUUGCGCCGGCCACGACGAGAACACCGAAAGCACCGCUGCGGGAGGCAAAGGAGAAGCAGUGGCAAGUGGAGCUGAGGAGGACGAUGCCGAGGAAGGCACCGGGACAACCAGCGGAGCCAAGGCUGGACUCCAAGCUACCUGGGCCGCCCAGCGAGAGGCGCUUGCCUCCGCCUGUCUUGCGAACAUGGCACUGGAGCACGAGGCGGUGA